AUGGCUAGGCAAGGACUUGAUGGCACUGUUGCUCAUUCUUCCAUUGUCCUAUUGCAAGAGAGGUUUAGGCAAUUGCAGAAAGCAAAGGAGAUGAGGGAGGAGAGAGAGCUCUUGAGGCAGAUGUUAUCUGGAUCGGAGAGAAUUAACGUUCCAGCCACACAUUAUGAGCCAACUGGGUUGUUCUUCCAAUCUGGUGGCUCUGGUGGCUUGACAGAUCCUCAUUAUAAGCCACCUCCCCAAGGCUCAAUGUACCACAAACCUAACUUGCAGAGCAAGGAUGCUAAUUUUCUGCAGGUCUCUGAUGAUGAGAGUCAAGUCUUGGGAAACAUAUGUUCAAGUUCAGUAUCGGUCAUGAACAGAACAAACAACUUCGAUGAUUCAGAUGUUGACACCUCACUUCACCUUUGA